AUCUAGCAAUAGAUCUCAUCGCUAAAUAAGAAGAUCUCCACUUGUGGGUCCCAUUGAAUCCAACAUAAUGUCCCAGAACUUGCCACGUGGCGUUCAUUCUUAAAGGUUACAGUACUGUUGUCCUUACAGAAUCAUUAUCUCCUUCGCUGUAAUAUCUCUAUCUGGCUUUAAAGUCUUUAUACUCCUGUCGCUUUCUGUCUUUACCAAAAGAAGUAAAGAACCUUGCUCUCUCUCUCUCUCUCUCCUCUCUGCUUCUUCUCUGUUUCUUUCAUGUUUUAUGAGAGUUUCUUAACAAUGUCUAAUAUUUAGUUUUAUCACGUAAAGCUAGUGAGAGGAAAGAGAAAAUUCUGGUGUGGAAUUUCUACUUCCAUUAAUCAGGUUUCGAUCUUCUUCAACUUCUGAUUCGGCCAGAAACUUUCCAAAUCUGAGAAUUGUAAACCACGCGCCCCCAAAAACCAGCGAACGUAAAAGCGAAUCCCUAGUUUACUCACGCCGUUAAAUUCGACGAGUUCGCCGCAGUGAGUCGUCGCCGGUAGGUCUAUCCACUUCGUGGUGACUUGUCUUCUCCUCUACCCCCUCUUUAUCUUCUCCCCGCCAUGGACCCAGUGAUUGAUGGUUCGACUACGCCAUCGUCGCUGAUGCGUUCGUUGUCUCUGCCGAUACUUCCAUCAACGGCUACGGAAUGUCUGGAAGGUUUGGAGAUCUCUGAAACUCAAACUCCUCUAGGAACUGAUGUGAGAGUAACAAUGGAGAAAGCUUCUCUCUCUAUCACCAGUACUCUUCAGUCUGACACUACCAAUCAAUUACUGUUGACCUCCUCUGCUCCUCUAGUGGCGUCUUACGAAACCUCUCUGCUUGAAACUGUGGUUCCUCCGCUGACCUCAGAAGCUGUUAUAGUUCAAGUACGUGAUACUCCGCCACCGUCUCUGGCUUCGGUUAUCUCCAUCAAUGCAGUAACCAGCGAUGUCCCGACGUCUCAACAAGCUCCGUCCGAGACCCUUGGCUCACACUCUCACGAUGAUAGCAGGGUCCAAGCAUCAGAAAAAUUUGUCCCUUCUUUGGGAUCAUGGGCUAAACCUCUUUUUUUCAAACCUCCGGCCACUCCUCCCGACCCUAGUACUCCUCGAGACUAUGAUCCUGCAUUUGUCGGGAAUCAAUUAGCCACUCUCUGGCCGACUUUGAAUGACGAGAUCUUAAACAAGCAACCUAAGGGAAAGUAUCCAUCCCGUACUCUCCAGCCUCCGAUUGAAAAGCUACCACCGCCGGAACUAAAAGCGGAUGGGAGACUCCGCUUCCCAUGGGCUGCAAGAUUAAGCCCUCAAUCGCGAAAUCUCUACCGGGCUGCCACACCAACUUACCGCCUAGAUGGCACACCUGAGGUAUCUAUUCCUUCGAAAGUCCUUAAGCUAGGUCCAGAGAAUAAGGAUGAGUAUAUCAUUGGUAAGUUCCAUAAAUGUGCUCUACCGCCAGGUGGUUUAGUACAUGCUGUGGUGAAUAGAAUCUGGGGAAGAAGUUGUAAGAUCAGUUGUAAGAAGCUUGGUGAUUCAUCUUUCAUGUUCCAUAUCCCACACCAACCUACUCGGCAAUGGGUUAUUCAGCGUGGAGUGUGGCACAUAGAUGAUUGCUUACUUUUUGUACUGCCAUGGACCCCAGAAGGCUCCUUCAAAAUUCCUGAAAUCUCCACGCUUCCGGUUUGGGCCAAUUUGAAGAACAUUCCGGAUUGUUGCUACUCAAGAUUAGGAAUAAGUCAUGUCGCUUCCGGACUUGGAGAACCGAUUCUUACUCACAAACCUCGACUUGAUCCUACUAGUAUGGGCGAGGCAAAGGUUUUAGUUGAGAUGGAGCUGGACAGAGACUUUCCAAAGCUUAUUGCCCUUGAUGAUAAGCAAGGUAACAUCUUCCUUGUUAAUGUUGAAUACACAUGGAUUCCAUCUAUGUGUGAAAGGUGUGGUAAUCUAGGACACAAAGCAAAGAGGUGUCUCUUACCUUCUUCCACUGCUCAGGUUUCUAUCUCCGCAUCAACCUCGCAAGACACUAGCUCUGAUGUUCCUAUUGUGGAUAUUGAUACUGUUAUGCAGCAAAAGGAUAAUGUUGAAUACUCUGUACCAACUAUCCAGAAAAAUGAUCUACAUGUUAGUGGAAAAACUUCUCUUCAAACUAAAGAUGAUGGUGCCCAUGAGCCUGAGAAACAUACCAUAGAGAUUGAAGGUCUCUUAUCUGAACUAGAAGCUACUCCUACCCUUCAACAGGAGAACCCGACUGCCUCGCCAAACUUUAUCCCCACUUUACCCACUUUAGUAGAUUCACAACCUACUCCCACUGCAGCAUCUAUUAUGGAGUCAUCUCCAUCAACCGUUACCAACACUGAGGUUAGUGAAACUUUAGUCGUUGGUCCUCAAGCCACAACACAUACACCCUUUGCAUUUGAGAGCCCUGCUCAGUUCAAAGGGUCAAGAGAUGUGGGAGUGGAUGAAGAUGGGACUGAGCCUUCUAGCUCGCUCAGCUUGACAAGAGGUGGGAGGGAAACAAAACCCCCUAGCAAAUACCAAGACAUGGAAUGGAAGACGGUUCGAGGGAGAGGGAAGCGUGGCCGCCGCGGUCGUGGUUCUUAUCACUAGUUAUUGCCUUUCAUUACGGUGUUGGUUAUUCUAGUCUCAACUUUGGUUGUUUCAUUGGUUGAGAUUCAAUCUUUUCAUGCAAACUUUAUCAAACUAUAAGACUCAUGUCUUAUCUUGUAACAUUUAUCGUUUUUUUUAAUAUGAAAGCCCUUUUUCAAAAAAAAAAAAAAAAAAAAACUAUUUCUUUGAUCCUUCCUAUAUUGUUGGAAUAUAUUAAAAAUGUGUAACAGGAGAAUGAGCACAUGUUCCUGUUUUUAUAAUCUUAAUUAUUUCUAAGAUAAUGAUUAGUGUUAUAAACUACUGGAGUUGAUAUUAUAAAACCCUACUUUAUGCUUCUCUGUAUCUCUUAAUCAUAAGUCAUGAUUAGCUCUGUUCACCUUUUUGAAAUCAGAUUAUCUCUGUUCAUUUAUGCAUCUUAUUUGAGGUUGAUAAAAUAAUUCUCUCAGAGAUCUGACAUGGAACAUCAAGGUUGGAAUUUUGAGGAGAAUUACAAUUUGUCCAACAAUAGGAGACCUUUAAGG